ACUGGAACGAGCCUUCCUCCACUUUUUGCCAAAGCACACUCAUCUUUUUUCACGUCACGCAGGAGGAGGCGCGGGCAGGCGGCCGUACCUCCUCCCUCGGUCCCGGCCGCUUACCUUUUCGUCCCUCUCCGCCUCACGACCGUGGGAGCCGUCCGAGCCUUCUGCUGGUUCCGGAAAGAAGAAGCGACCCCGUGCCCCGCUGUGGAAUGAGUUUUAUGAAGUGGAGACGCAGUGUGAAGGCAGACGACAGCAGCAAGGAUGUCUCGAAGGGACAAGAUGACCCCGAUGGCCCGGACUCCCCGAGCAGAUACCUUCCGUCGAGUGCCCCCCGGGGCUUUUGACGUCUUAGCUGCAGAAAAAGUUGCAGUUAGACAACGACAAAGAUGCCCCGGAACAAGCGAAUCCGUCUAACGGGUGCUCAAGCUCGGACCUGUCGCUGGCUCUCGAGGACUGCAUGGCCGCCCUGGAUCUGUUCCUCCAAAAUGACUUUGAGGAGGCGCAGGCCCGCCUAAGACCCAGAAUCAAAGUCAGCAUGUAUCAUGCCCUCACCUACGCCACCUUCUUAGAAAUGCAAGCCAUGAUGACCUUUGAACCCCAACACAUCUUGGAGGCAGGAAACACCAUGAAGGAGGCCCAGGCUAUUUGCCAGCGGCACCGGAAGAAGUCGAGCUUCUCCAAGGGCUUUACAGAAGAUGAGAUCCAUGCUGAAGUCUGUUAUGCCGAGUGCCUCCUCCAGAGGGCAGCGCUCACCUUCCUUCAGGACGAAAACAUGAUCAGUUUCAUCAAAGGAGGAAUCAAAGUGAGAAAUAGCUACCAAACAUACAAAGAGCUCCACCGAGUGCUCGAGUCCACUGCGUACACUCACGGUGGCAAUCAUGGUCAUUUUGAGGGCGGAGUCAAAUUGGGAGUCGGCGCCUUUAAUCUGAUGAUCUCCAUGUUGCCGACACGGAUGCUUAAGCUGCUGGAGUUUGUGGGUUUCUCGGGCAAUAAGGAGUUUGGCCUCCAGCAGCUUCAGGAGGGCUGUGCAGAAAGCACAUUCAGGGCGUUUUUAUGUAACAUGCUGCUGCUCUGUUAUCACACCUUUAUGAGCUUUAUUCUCGGUACCGGAGAAGGAGAUGUAGAAGACGCAGAAAAACUGUUGCAGCCUUAUCUCAAGAAAUACCCAAAAGGAUCCAUCUUCUUGUUCUUUGCUGGUCGAAUCGAGGAAAUCAAAGGCAAUCUGGAUGCUGCUAUCGAGCGUUUUGAGGAGUGCUGCGAGGCGCAGCAGGAAUGGAAACAGUUCCAUCACAUGUGCUACUGGGAGCUUAUGUGGUGCUUCACGUAUCAGCGCCACUGGAAAAUGGCCUACUUCUACGCCGACCUGCUGAGCAAGGAGAAUUCCUGGUCCAAGGCCACCUACACGUAUAUGAAAGCAGCCUACCUCAGCAUGCUGACAGAGGAUGAUUGUCUAACCUUCGGGGAGACAGCGCACACUCUGUUCAGGCAGGUGCAGGGGCUGAAGCAGAAAAUUGCUGGGAAGUCUUUACCCACUGAGAAGUUCGCCAUCAGGAAAGCUCGUCGCUACCUCACAGAAAACCCGAUUCCUCUUCCUGUCCCACCACUGGAGAUGAUGUACAUUUGGAAUGGCUACACGAUCAUCGGCAAGCACAAAGAGCUGACUGAAAACAUGCUGAAGACACUGGACGAGGCGCAGGCCAAACUUGAAAGCAUGGAAAGGUCCGAGUUCUCCUUUGAUGAUCAGUGUCUACUGAGCUUGCUGAAGGGAUUGUGUCUCAAGCACUUGGGGCAUCACGAUGAGGCCGAACACUACUUUACUCUUGUCCUCUGCAACGAGACCCAGAUCAAGUACGACCACUAUCUAGUUCCCAAUGCAAUGCUGGAGCACAGCUUGUUGUGUUUGGAACAAGGCCGGAACAAUGAAGCUGUAAAACUACUGGAAGCAGCAAAGCAAAAUUACAAAAACUACUCCAUGGAAUCGCGGACUCAAUUCCGCAUUCAGGCCGCCCUGCACAAAGCCAAAGGUGCGAGAGAAAAUGGAGUCCAUGUGCCCUCGAGCCCAUAAUGAGCAAGGAGCGCACAUGAGAGCUGAGAUCCUGCAUCGGCAUUCUCCCUCCACGUACCACGUGGCUUUCGCCGGCCCCGUCACAUUUUUGGAAUCUUCUUCAGGCUUCAGGGAGAAGAGGGAAUGGGGAGGGGGUUAUUUUUAAAUUUUCCUUUGCUUCUUUGUUUCUCCCGAAAUAGCAACUGCCGCCGAUGGCGUGCCAAAGUGGCACUGAUGGCGAUCCUCAAGCCUGCGACGCGAUCGCUGGAUGGCGCUCACUUCCUCAAUAGGUCGGAAGCCGAGGCAUGUCUGGGCACGUCCCUCAGAUAACGUGCACUCAAGCAAAGCUUUUUUUCGGCGGAAAAAAAGUUCUUCUGUUCAGGGUCGAUGUGGUAGUGUGUGUGUGUGUGUGUGUCCGCAUAAUGCUGCUACUGCACAUAUUGAAACCAUAUCUUACAGUUAACAAAAACUCCAAAUGCACAGUCAAUAAAUCAGAAUAUUACAUAAAUAAUCAAAAAGUUUUUUUUUUUUUUGCAAAUGUAGGUCAUAAUUGUCCUUCUGAAAAACAUUUUGGAAAGUGUUUAAUGAAUCUCUAUGAGUUUCACAUUUGAAUUGAACUACUUGAAUGAACUUUUCUAUCAUUUUCAAAUUCAUCUCGAUGCAUCUGUAGUUUAUGACUCAAGCUACCAGUUCGGCAUCAAUUUGUUUCCGUUUAGUGUCCAUCCAUAAAAUUCCUGCUCUGAGUUAAAAAAAAAAAUUAAAAAAUUGAUGCGUAUGUGCUGACAGCUAAGUCAGCAUUUAGCCAACUUUUCUCUUACAAUAUUGUGGUGCCUCGGUUCUCGACCACAAUCUGUUCCAGAAAGCCCGUUGAAAAGUGAAACGUUCGAAAUCCGAAGCGCAUUUUCCCAUUACACUCAAUGGAAAAUGAAAUAAUGUGUUCUAAGCCUAAAAAAUGUUUUUUUGAAGCAUUUUUUUUAGCUUUUCCUGGUAUUAAACUGCAUAGUAGAAAUACAUGUAUAGUUAAAAUACUUUAUACAAUCAAAUCAUUUAAGAAAUAUAUUUAUUUUUUGCUUAAAAUGUAUGCUUUCGUAGUAGAGUAUGCUCGGAUGGGAGUGCAUUACCGUAUCUGUAGCGACUCGGCCCCCAGCCUUGUAAACCUUUAUUUUUUUAUUAACAAAAAAUGCAAAAUAACUUUAAAUAAGCAAUAAUGAGGGGGGAAAAAACUGACAAUUUUUUUUUUUUUGCACAGAAAGUACAUAACGUACAAAAAAUUUAACUUGCAACUAGAGGUAGGGUUAAUGGAACAAAAGAAAAAAGCAAUGCAAAACAGCUGUUUCAAAUGUCUUUGGUGGGGGUGACUCGCGUCUUUUUAACAAAGGACGAAUCUAACGUCGACUUUCUGCCGUCUUUUGAGCACCUUUCUGAAGUGGCUCAUAACAACGGCGUUGAAAUUUUGCAGUGCUCUGCAACAUUCUGCUUUGUGAGGGUGAUGGAGUUCGACAAAAUAUUGGAUGUCAUUCCAUUUGCCGCAGAUAUCUUUUAUAUCGGCACUUGAGACAUCCUUCCUGCCUUCAGCCUCAUCAGACAAAAAUAAGAAGCAACCUUUCAACUUCCACCAAGAUCUGUGGCCUCUGCUUGGUCAACACGGUUGCUCCUUUAGUAAUAUCACUCACUUUGAGGGCAUCCUCGUGUUUCAUUAUGGUGCUGAUCGUCGAUUUCGCCACGCCGUACUCCUUUGAUAGCUCAGAAACACGCACACGAGAUUCGUUUUCGUCUCUCAAAUCCUUCUUGACUUCGACAGUUUUACGCACCACUUUCCUUUUUUCAGCACCAGCAGUUCCACUUGCCUUCUUUGGAGCCAUGAUCUAAGGUUAAUUUUGCUCAAUUGGGAGAAAUAAAGUCACUACCGGGACACGUCCGCGUGCAGAGGAGUGUGUGGGUCAACUGGUCGCGUCGCGCGCGUUACGUCUUUUCCGUUUUUUUCGGGGGUGUGUUUGAAUUCACGAUAACAAAUCGUCGGGGCGUUUGAAUACCCAUUUUCGUUCAAAAACCAAAGCAAAAAUAAUCUCGAAAUUUUUCGUUCGAAAACCGAUUUGUACGAAAACAGAGACGUUCGAAAACCGAGGGACCGCUGCACAAUUGUCAUGAUCAUUUUUGUCAUCUUUAGUUACUGAAUCCAGAGUGCAGCUUUAUAUACUAUAAAUGGCACCUUUUGCUCAAAUUGUCCUGUUGUUAGAGGACAGAUGACUGUGUGUCUUUUAAAAAGGCAGCCCCCCCCCCCCCCACACACACCCCACCCAUCACUCGCUAUCCUUUACUUUUGCCCCCAUUCGCUCCACCGCCUGCGGGACAGAAUCCAGCAGCACUUGAGCUUGAACAAAAAGACCAUUGACUCGUAGCGGUAAGGAGACCGCGUGUUUGUCCGCCUGUUGCAUCUUUAGCGGGGAAACGACAAGCACUACAUUGUGACCCUUGACCUGCUGCUCACUUUUAUCAGCCACGCUUCAUUGGAACCCCCCAGUAAAGGGGCUUGAAUCGUUGUGUUUAGCACCAGUGUCAAAGUGUAAUUAUGUAUCUGAACAAACACCGUACGUCAAUAGUGAGAGGAGAGAUGAUUGGAUGACUUCACGGGCCGGGCCCCAGCAACAUGAUGGUUGAAAACCUUGAAACCCAAGAUGGUGUUUAACGUUACAACAGCUUUUUUUUAUUCACGUUAAGUGGGAGGUUUGGUGUUAAUUAUGUUUUUGAAUGUUUCUCAUGUGUCUUAAUAUAAUAAUAUAAUAACAACUUGUAUUUUAUUUUCUAGUAUGUAUUAUGAGGUUGUUUUUUUUUCCUUGAUGUUGCACCUGGACAUUUUAACAUAAAACUUUGUGGCAUUGUGAUAUUUGCAUUGAGAAAAUGUGAAUGGGUCAGGCUACCACUGAGCAGAAUGACAUUCCUGUAUGUAUUGAAUGUUUUUAUUGUAAAUUAAAAUGGAAUUAUGUGAGGAAUAUCACAAAAACAAAAAUCAAAUGUAUUGUCUUUUAUGCCAGGGGUUCUCAAACUUUAAACACAAAUGAAUGUAAAGCCCUAAAUAAACAACAAAAAAAAAAAGUGUAUU